UCUCCAUCAUCAUCUUCUUUCCCCAAUGAGCUCGGGUCCAUCACUAUAGCAACUGGUUACCACAGGCAACGAGACACAGCCAGCGCCAGGCAGCAUCCUCCUCACAUCCUUGUUGUCGGCGGCAGAGCGGAGAAAUAGAGAAGGAGAGAGAGAGAGAAGGCGCGGAAGAGGAAACACAGCAGAGGAAAACGCUUCUUCUUCUUCUUUCUUCUUCUUCUUCUUCUUUAAAUCCGUCAAAAUAAAGUAAAAAAAAAAAAAAAAAGCAAACGUCCAAUCAGGUGGCUGUAUUUUGUGAGAGGAGUUUUUUCUGCUUCGCCUUCUGAGAGGAGCGCAGAGGAGGAGAGGAUGGUGACAACUUGUUCCUCCUGGAAAGUGCUGGUGUGCAGGUGGGGGACCCUGACGCUGCUGCAGGGCGUCUUCAACACUGACCCUCUCCUGAUGAUGAUAGUGCUUUGUCAGUCUCUCAUUGAACAAAAGAAGAAGAUCGUUUAAACCAACCAAACAUUCUCCAUCCCAACAUGGCAGACGACCUCUACAGCAGCACCUUCUCCGCUUCAGAAUCAGACUUCUCGUCCUCUUCUUCCUCCUCCUCCUCUUCCUCCUCGGCCGCUGCCUACGUCCUCACGCUCGAGCAGAGGGCGGCCUUUGUCUUCGUCCUCAUCCUCUUCAUCUUCCUGGGCUUGCUGAUCGUCCGCUGUUUCCGGAUCCUGCUGGACCCGUACCGCAGCAUGCCGUCCUCCACCUGGACGGACUAUAUGGAGAAGGACACCUUCGACUACCGUAUUUCCUGACAGGCAGCCUGAGAGGCAACAACCCUGACAACCAACAAGUUAAACUGAGAUGACGAUCACACUGAACCAGUAAUGCAGAAACACAAGCGCACAUUUCCCCCUUCAACAAGACUAGCUGGCAGCAUGAUGGGAAAAUAGUUUCAACAUUCAUCAGCUCUUUCUUUCAAGUUAGCGGCCAAAUAACAAUCUGCUUUCAGGGCUGG